AGCAGCACUGAUCCUACCCAGUUUCUCUUGCUCAACCAAAACUGACUUUCCGGGCUCCAGAUCUCGUCGUUCUUAUCCCCGACCUUCCCUGCCCUCGCCUUGUCACUGCCCUGCAAAAGCUUGUUGACCCGCACAACCACACGUCUUCCGUGCUCGACCCCAGCUACGGCUUCUCAACGCUUGUAUCCACGCGGCCUUGGAGCAUUCUGCUUUUGGUCUUGCCGUGGUCAUUUCUUUCAUCGCUGGGCUGCAAAGCACAGACGGGUUUUCCUUCUGAAGCUUUCGAGGGGCCGCUUCCUGGAUCUGCGCAGGUCCAUUUCGUGCGCAACCACGGUCGACAAUCCGACCCUCUCUUUCAGUUGCGCGUGUGCACCACGCAUCCCGUCUCUUGUCGGCGACCUAUACACCGUGUCUGAAUUGCGCUCAAAUCAAUCGAACAAAGGAGCCUUGCCGGAUCUUUGCUGAUACAUGCGUCUGCUACGAAGGUGGGCCGGUCUAUGUCCAGUAUGGAGAGCGGCGGUGCAGACUCCGGCGAAAAGCCUCCGGAUUAUGUAGAAAGAGACGACUUGACCAUCUCACGGCCGGGAAAGGCCGGAGCUGUUGGUAAAGGAGAUGAAGUAUUCUCCAGUGAGGUUCGGCGUCUGUUCGAAGCAGCCGAGAACAAUGGUAUCGAACGCUUGACAAAAUUGAAGGCAAAUCUAAAGGCCGCGAGAACAGCGGAAGAGUUUUGGCCUAUGGCUACGCGCGGGUUAGCGGAGCUCAGCGGAGCGCAGUACGCUUUCAUUUCGAAACGAAUGUUAGUCGACGAUGAGGAUGCGACUGUUGAGAUGCCGCCCUUUGGGGCUCCAGGAUCGUGCCUCAUGAGCCAGGCACUCUACUUCAAUGAUGGUCAUGGCCAGUCGGGAAAUCCACUCAAUGUCAAAUACCAAGUGUACGGUUGCCCAUGCGAGCAUAUGAAGCACAACAGAGUCCUCUUGAUCCCGGAGAGGCUUGGGGAGAUCUUCCCAAACAAUCCGAACGCGUCGAUGUUUGUAGUCCCUGUGGAGGCUUAUCUGGGAGUUCCUCUGUUCGACGACGAGGGAAAGUGCUUCGCCCAUUUUGGUGUAAUGUGGUCAAAGGAGGGGGUUGAAAAACUUCGGCUCAGCUGGGCGUUUGUGGAGAUGAUGUUUCAUGCACUCGAAGACGCUCUCCUGUCCGGCUUUUUGGAACGUGGACGGUUUGCAUCUUCUCUUAAAUCUGUGACGAGGCCGAACGCCGUUAUUCCUCAUGAAGCUAUUCCAGGUGCGCAGUCUCUGAAGCCAUAUGCUCGAAAUCUCUCACAUGAGCUUCGAACUCCAAUGCAGGGUGUUGUGGGCAUGCUCGAUGUCAUGUACGCAACAGUGCAAGAGGCUACAGAAGGCCAGCGCGACAAACAAUUGCGAGCUACGCUUGAGAAUCUUAAGGAGAACAUUGAAGUGGCGCAGGAUAGCUCCCGUCGCGCCGUAGAAGCUGCCGACAAUGUCGUUCACGCUUAUGACAUGGGGAUGGGAGUCCCCGAGACUCCUGUUGUGCAUUUGACCGUGGAAGAAGACUCUGUGGAUGGCACGAGGCUGCCGCGCCGCGAAAAGCGACCAGAGAUUGUGGUCACCGGAGAGAACGUCCCAAUCAAUUUCAAAGGCCAUAAGCGAAGAAGAGAAAGUCGAAGUACGUCGAGGUCGUCUUCAACGAAACAACGAAGGGUAGAGCCGGCACAGGAGCCUCAAUUCGUUCUUAAUGAGUAUGCACCAGCGACGUACCCUAAUUUCACGGACUCUGGGUCUAGAGCCCUACCUGUCCCUACCUCGCCAACCAUGGCGCAUCUGGAAAGUAGCGAACAAGCCUCAAUUCCUCCUGGCUUGCGACAUACGAACCUCAGAGAUCUACUGCAAUUCCUUAUCAACGACCUGUUAAAAGUUGGGGGCCGACCUGAAUCGGCCAUUGCGUUAGAGAUCGACGGUGGUGAGGACAUCGAGGUCCGGGUCCGCACACAGAGUGGUGAAGAGAAAAUUAAACACAUCAGAUGGGUUGUGGAAUCAUCGGUCCCAGACACAAUUCUUAUCGAAGAACAGAGCCUCGUAAAGGUCAUCUCCUCGGUCUACUCAAACGCGAUCAAAUUUACGGAAGAAGGCAGCAUUUUCUUGCAUGCUUGGCUGAAUCCGAAGUCUCGCUACAUCGUUAUUCGAGUUCGCGACACCGGUGUAGGCAUACGGGAAGAAUUUGUACCCCGUCUAUUCCUCCCCUUCUCAAAAGAGGAUGAUUCAUUAACUCGGAUGAGUGAAGGGCUGGGACUUGGUCUUAUGGUUGCCAAAGGCCUUGCUCGAAAACUGGGAGGAGAUUUGACUCUAGUCCGCACACAAGCAUCCGGCCCGGCACGUGGGAGUGAAUUUGAGAUUCGAGUUCCCAUGACGCCAUCAGACAUCGCGAGCCGUCCAUCAACACCCUCUGGGUCCCCGGCUCCAUCCCACCGGUCCCGUAGGUCAACGGUCGAAGACGAUCUCCAAGAUUUCAACCGGACGAGGUCAGGCAGCAUUCGAUCCGCCCAGAACAGUCUCAUGUCUGAGUCUAAGCGACAUUCAAAUACAUCACCGACACGAUCGAAUCAAACUCCUUCACCACCUCGUACAAGCAAUGGAAAUAUUACCAAUCCUCAUCGAGUCACAAAGGUACCAAGACGAUCAUCGCCUUCAAAACGAAAUUCGGAUUUCGAUCGCACGCUAGCUCAAAGGUUCCCGUUGAGAUUUCUGGUAGUGGAAGACAACAAGAUCAAUCGAAAGCUUCUUGUCAACAUGCUCCACAAACUUGGCUAUCGGGAUGUUCACGAGGCGUAUGACGGUUCACAUGCCGUGCGACAAAUGGAUGCCCUCCGAGGUGAGAUCGAUGUCGUUCUCAUGGAUUUGUGGAUGCCUUACAUGGAUGGAUACGAAGCGUCAGAGAGGAUCUUGAAAAUGACAUGGGAUCCGCCUCUUUCCGAACCUCUUGAAGGAGAGGCUAGGUCUAAUGGACACAGAAAACCAAACGUACCCACCGUUCUCGCCGUGACCGCUGACGUGACCGACGGUGCGCUAGAACGAGCUGCAGCUGUUGGAAUGAAAGGUUUCCUCACAAAACCAUUCAAGAUGGUCGACCUAGAGAGGUUGAUACUUGAAUACUGCGCAACACGCCACUCGGAUUGAGAUUUCUCUCUUCCUGGAUGUGAUGAUGAAACUUAUCAAUACAAUGUUCAACUACUUAUGAAGUCAUGAACUCAUUUUACUAAAUUCAAGGCUUAUCUGGCGCAUAGCAUAUUGUGGGGCAAUAUUCAGGAGUCUGUGCAAGAAAAUCCGGAGCCGUACACUGUGAAGACUAGCAUCGUGGUCUGGCGUUUUUGUCUCGGGUUGCAGAAGGAGACAAUUUGCAUUGAUAUUAGAAGUCUCAGACAUCAAUUCAUAAGGUGGCGCCAAUCGCCUACAUAAGUGGAAAGAUUUUCUUUUAACAAGAUCCAUCGAACUUUUUAGCAACACUCUUCACUUGCAAGGACGUUGAAUGCUCAAUCGCCAUGAGAUGUGUUUGCCUGGUUCUUGCAUAAUUUAGUAUGAAGUCCGUCAAAUUGACGAAAUAGUUUGGAACAGACUAAUCAGAACGACAAUAUCACAAGCUCGGCUGAUGCAAGGCACGGCAGAAACCGGAGGGUGUUAAAAAAAAAGAAGAAAGAGUUAAAGGUAC